CUAUUUUGUAUACAUGGGUAUUUUUCUUCUUUCCACACGUGUUUUGAAUCGUAUUUUAUAACUUGUACUUUGUAGAAAAUCGUACCUAAAAUAUAUAUCUAGAUAAGCUAUAGCCGAUUUAUUAAUGGUGUUGGAUUGUCUUUUUUCGAAUUUAGGCCAUUAAAAAAAUAUUGUUUUUGUUAUUUCAUAAUAUAAUUUAUAAACACCUAAAUUUUCUUAUUAGAAUAGUGGUUAAUUAAACAAGCAAAAUGCAUCAAUUUAGCGAUGCAGAAAACGAUAAUGUUAUAUUGCCGGUAAAAAAAAAAGAUGAGGAUAUUUCCAAACUAUUUGGUGAAAUAAGUUUUAAAAAUUAUGGUCGUAAAUUAAUAAGUGACCAAAGUAUAUAUGACAGUGACUAUUCGGACAAUGAGAGUAGUUCAGAAGAUACACGAUUUGAUGAUGGAUGUUAUAGUAGAAAAGCAACAAAUGAAAUUAAAGCUCAGAUCCAUUCUGCUACACCUAACCAACAAAAUAAAAAUCCAAAAGUCAGUGAUUACCAACCUUCAGAGAAUUUAUUCAAAAAAUAUUUGGAUAAAGUAAACACGGAUCCUUAUGAAGGACCAACACUUACGCAAGAAGCUUCUAAUAAAAUGAUGGAGAGCUUCAAGAAAUCAGACGCUAGUAGAUUCAGAAAUAAAGAUAAAUGUGACCGAGCUACAGCAGAACAAGUGAUGGACCCGAGAACACGAAUGAUUCUGUUUAAACUACUCAACAGAAGUAUGAUUGGUCAAAUUGAUGGUUGCAUAUCAACUGGUAAAGAAGCCAAUGUAUAUCACGCAACGUCCACCGAUGGUGAAAAGCAUUAUGCUAUUAAAGUUUUUAAAACAUCAAUAUUGGUGUUCAAGGAUCGUGAUCGUUAUGUUACUGGUGAAUUCAGAUUUCGUCAUGGUUACUGUAGACAUAAUCCAAGAAAAAUGGUUCGGCUUUGGGCUGAAAAAGAAAUGCGGAACUUAGUAAGAAUGCAUUCGGCUGGCCUUCCAGUACCUGAACCAAUACUAUUGAGAUCCCAUGUUUUAAUGAUGUCAUUCAUUGGUAAAGAUGGUUGGCCUGCACCAAAAUUAAAGGAUGCUCGACUAUCAACAUCUAAAGCAUGCCAACUCUAUAGAGAUUGUCUUAUAAUAAUGUGGAAACUAUAUAAUAUUUGUAAACUGGUCCACGCUGAUCUUAGUGAAUUUAAUUUAUUAUAUGAUAACGGAGAAAUUGUAAUGAUAGAUGUAUCCCAGGCUGUCGAACAUGAGCAUCCAUAUGCUUUGGAAUUUUUACGAAAAGAUUGCACUAACAUAACAGAAUUUUUCCGCCAUUACGAUGUAGCUACGCUAACAAUUAAAUCACUCUUUGAUUUUCUUACCGAUCCAACAAUUACAUUGGACAAUAUGGAGAUAUGUCUUGACAAAAUUCAAACACAAAUGACAAACUCUGAUGUUUUAACUAAUGAAGAAAUAGUUGAACAAGAAGUAUUUAAAAAUGCGUAUAUACCAAAAAAUCUCAAUGAGGUUGUUGAUUUCGAAAGAGAUAUUAGUUUGGUUAAAUCUGGACAAACCGGUGAAGAUUUAAUCUAUCAAAAAAUUGUUGGACUAAAAGAAGACUUAUCGGGACCUCAAAAUAUCCCAACUAUACUAGAAAACGAUUCAAAUGUUUCUUCUAGUGCAUCAGAAACAGAAAGUGAUUAUUCCGAAGAAGAAAGUAAAUUUAUUAAUUCUUCAAGACCUAAAAAUGAAGAUGUAGAAAGCAAAAGACUACGAAAAAAACAAGUUAAGGAAGAAAAGGCUGAAAAAAGAAAAGUCAAAGUGAAAAAGCAUGUGAAAAAAAGAAAAGAAAAAACUACUCAAUGCAGGAAAUAAUAGUUUAUUUUAUGUAUAUUUGAUUAUAAUAUUAUAUUGUUAAUAAUUAUUUGAAGUUCUAUUUAGUAAUCCGCUUGUUCAUCCAAUUCUCGUUGUGUAUCUAUUGUAGGAUCAUCAAAAUCAAAUUCCGAAAAACGAGAAAUCUUUAUAGACACUAAUACCAUAGGUUUUUCUUAAUUUAGCCUCCAAUAUAUGUACUUCUACAUUUAUUUUGUCAGUCAGCUAGUUAAGUCAUUAUAGUUUCUUGAUAUUAUUUUUCUUUCAAAAGUUUUUUUGAGUUGAUCUGUUUUAUUAUUUUUAUCUGUAGUUACAACUGAUGUUUUGAAAUUGUUGUUGACAUUAUAUAUUUUUCCUGGUCUUCUAA